AUGCUGCUUUUUAUCGUUCCAUUUCUAAUUUCUGCACUUGCGGUCUAUAUAUGGAUUUACUACGAGAAUGUUAAGCGAUAUCCCAAAGGACCGCUACCCGUUCCUAUAUUUGGAAAUUUGCUGACUGUCAAUGCUGGCAAGUUGCACGAGCAAAUCUCAGAUUAUGCAAAAGAUUAUGGUAGCGUUUAUACCGUGUGGUUGCCAAACCCAACUGUAGUUAUUACCGACUACGAUCUCAUUAAGGAAGCAUUUGCCAAGAAAGGGUAUGAUUUCGCCGGAAGACCACAAGGUUAUCCCAACGAUUUAUUGGGCAUUAUCAAAAACGGAGGAAUAAUCCGCUCAGAGGGUGAAAACUGGAAGGAGCAGCGGACGACUUCACUACAUAUAUUAAGGGACCUGGGAAUGGGGAAGGAUCUCAUGGAGGAGCAGGUUUUGCUCUCAGCCCAAGAAUUUCUCGUUCAUAUGGCUUCCAUCAAAGAUAAAGAGACAAUGGAUUUGCAGCGUCCAUUACAGGUUUUUAUAGCAAACAUCAUCCAUAAGAUAUUAUUCGGAUGUAGUCACGAGUAUGAUGAAAGUGAUCAUCUGAUGCAAUCUGUAGAUAACCUUAUGCAGUUUUUUAAUGACACCAGAAACAACAAAAUAAUGCUCCUGUGCCAGAUGAUUCCGGGGUUAGACCAAUUACCGAUAAUAAAUCGUCUGGCUAGAGGUCGUUUCAUGAAGACGAUUGAUGUGGUAAAAAAUAACAUCAAAGAAGACGUGAGACGUUGCUUGAAAACCUACAGUGCGGAUGAAGAACCAGAAUGUUUUGUGCAUGCCUACUACCAGCGAAUGCACAACAAUUCAAAUUUAGACUAUGACAAUCUUCUUAGUGUAUGCAUGGAUUUUUUCGUCGCUAGUAUGGAAAUGACACCUACAACCCUAUACUGGGGCUCACUCUUAUUGGCUACAAACACUGAAGUUCAGGAUAAAAUCAGAGCAGAAAUCAUGAGUGUCCUGGGACCUGAUGGACAACCUAGCGCCUCACUCAGGAACAGAAUGCCGUAUACCUACGCAGCAAUCCAGGAGAUACAAAGAUACGCUAAUAUCGUUCCUCUGAAUAUUUUACAUCGAACUACCAGAGACACCAGCAUCGGCAAUAUCCGUAUUCCUAACGAUACUCAAAUCAUUGGGCACAUCAAUCAUGUCAUGGCUCGUUCGCCAGUCUUUGAAAAUCCCAAAAAAUUCAAGCCAGAAAGGUUUCUCAUGGAAGACGGACUUACUCUCAAUAGAGAAACAGUGGAAAAACUUUGCCCUUUCUCAAUUGGUAAAAGACAAUGCGCAGGAGAAGCCCUGGCCAGAGUAGAGCUAUUUAUAGGACUGGUGACCCUGCUUCAGAAUUAUGAAAUAGAACCUGCAGAAGGGCAUAAGGUGGAUCUUGAGCCAAUUUAUGCCGCAGUUCUGCUACCAAAGCCACAACCUCUGCGACUCACACUACUGUCAUCUGAGUGGGACCUCAAUCGCAACUACAGUUCAAUUACGAGUGAUCAUAAACUACAUCCAAAUAAGACUGACUCACUGAGUAACUUCUGAUCUCAUAUAGGUCGCCAUUCACUAUUUGAAUGAUAGAUUAUGUAUAAAUUGGUUAGAUAUUCUUUGGAAACUUUGAGUGAUGGAAAAUACAAAGAAAAUAUAGGCUUCUAGAAUA